CCCGUAACGUCUGCCGGACCCUGAACGCCUCGUCCCGUAACGUCUCCCGGAACCAGGAAGUGCGCAGCUUGUUGUGAGUUGUCGUGGUGGCUUUGCUUCAAGUGGUUCCUGGUUACUUUUGGAUCUAAUGGCGAGCUCCGCGGGUCGGGGUCGGAUCGGGUCUGGGCUUUGGACUUUGUCACUCUUCACGUUACUGCUGGCGAGUCUGAACGAACGAGUAUCAGCCGGUUCCGAACGGGGGAUAUGGACCCUUAGCGUAACCAGCGAAACUCUGAAGAGUCAGAUGUUCUUUUACGCCAAAACUCUCUUCAAGGACACUUCAAUCCGUCUGAAAGUGGUGACACAGAGCUGCAACACCUCGUCCCCCGUCCACCUGAACGUCUCCUGGUAUCUGAGGAACUCGCACUGCUACAAUGAAGUCUUCGGGCGGGUAAACCAAGACCAUUCAAAAUACUUCAGGUCCACGGAAGUCAUAAAAGAGGGAGGGAGCGGAUUCUACGUUUUCCACCAGUAUCCCACCAUCGUCUGCCAGUCCAGCAUAGACCCGCACAUAUUCAAUGUGAAAGUCCUGGAGAAAGAAACCCCACUAAAGGACCCACAGCAGCCAGUCACAAAGGCUCCAAGGAAGCAGAGGUCAGAGGCGGAGCAUCCCACCACACAGAUGGCUGCAGGCAAUGAAAGCGUCUCCGCCUCAAAGGCUCAGACGAACUCUGACGAACUCAACACGGUGGCUCGGAGCUGGGAGGACGGGCCCUACAUGUUCAUCCUCAACAUCAGCGAGAUCAACAAGAACCCAGCCGAGUCCCCCUGGAACCUGCAGCUUGAGAUCAGCAUGAAGGAUGACCACUUCUACGGCUACAUAUCCGCCUCUGAAUGGCCUCUGAUGGUGUUCUACAUGGUGAUGUGCAUUGUGUACGUGCUGUUGGCCAUGCUGUGGUUGGUUCUGUUGGCCUGUCACUGGCGAGACCUGCUCAGGAUCCAGUUCUGGAUCGGAGGCGUCAUCUUCCUAGGCAUGGUGGAGAAGGCCGUUUACUAUGGAGAGUUCCAGAGCAUCAGAUAUUACGGCCUGUCGGUCCAGGGGGCGGUGGUGUUCGCUGAGUUGCUCUCUGCGGUGAAGAGGACCUUGGCCAGAGUUCUAGUCAUCAUCGCCAGUCUGGGUUACGGCAUCGUCAAGCCCAGACUCGGCGCUUUGAUGCACAGAGUCGUUGGGAUCGGGCUGCUCUACCUGGUCUUCUCCAUCAUUGAGGGGAUCCUGCGAGUAAACGCUGAACGAGGCAAUAACAACAAGGAUCUGUUUUUCUGUAAUGUAGUUAUGGCCCUCACUGACUCCGCUAUUGUCUGGUGGAUCUUUGUGAGUCUGGCCGAGACAAUGAAGCUGUUGAAGCUGAGGAGGAAUGUGGUGAAGCUGGCUCUCUACAGACACUUCACCAACACACUCAUCUUCACUGUCAUUGCAUCGGUCAUUUUCAUCAUUUGGAACACGAGGACCAUCAUGUUCCCCAAGUGUGUCUCUGACUGGAGAGAGCUGUGGAUUGAGGACGCCUAUUGGCGCUUCUUGUUCUCCAUCAUCUUAUUGGUCAUUAUGUUCCUAUGGCGACCGUCAGCUAAUAACCAGAGGUAUGCCUUCAGUCUUUUGGUGGAUGAAGAGAGCGAAGAUGAGGAGAAGGAGCCCAUGAUGAAUGAGGCGUUUGAGGGGAUGAAGAUGAGGGGCGCGAAGAACGAGACCAACGGGACGGCCAAAGCCAACAAAGUGGAUGAGGAUCUGAAAUGGGUGGAGGAGAACAUCCCAACAUCGCUAGCAGAUGUUGCCCUGCCGCCCCUGUUGGACUCGGAUGAGGAAACCAUGACAACCAAAUUCGAGAUGUCCAAGAUGGACUGAGAUGGACCAGGUCGAUCCGAUCGGUGGUGAGAAGGGACGGGGAGGAGUCUGGUAAACGGGCAGCAGCGUGGUUUCGUGAAUGAGGACGGCUGAUUAAAAGCACAAAAAGAUAAACUGAAGGACGAAGGAUGAGACGAGAUUGUUUUAGAGGCGGAGCCGUCACCAUGUGGUUUGAUCCCUGAGUUUAUGAGCUUUGUAAGCCUGUAUUGUACAUAGACUGGGAGUAGAAUCAAUCACAGCGGCACGCAGACCUGUUUUUCUUUUUACCGCCUGUUUAUUUUUAUAUUGGAAUAUAUGUACAUCCAUCUGUGUACACCGUAUAAUUUGAGGUUUGAUGUUUUCUGCUUCAAAGUAGCUUGUUUGCCUUUUUUCUAUAUUUUUCUUUGUUUACACGUCUGAUCUUUGAAUGGACGUCGCGUGCAGCAGCCUCGCCAUCCUCCAUGCUGUUUGGGGUUUGUUUCGGGUUAAGUUUGUGUUUAAAUGUCUUCAGCCUGUAAAAGCCAAAGUUUGAGAAUCAGAAAGAAAACCUGGUCACAGUCUUUUCAUUUCUGAUUGUGUUGCACACAGACGGAAACUGAUGAAACUCGGUCUGAGCUGCUGUGAGCGGUUCAGACGGGUGAAUCAUUUUAAGUUUUUGUUCUAACCUUUUCUGGGAUGUUGCCUCUCAGUGGAUGUUUAAAGUCAGUAAAGGUGUCCUGUGUAACUAAAUCAAGUCAAUGACAAAAAAAGGCAUAUAUAUUUAAAAACUGUCUUGGUUUCUAGUCGCCUUACUGAAAUAACUUGUAUUUUUAUUCACUCUGAAUGAGCCAUUUAUAUAUCAACAUACAAGGCAGCUGCUAUAUUUGUGCCACCAUUUUUACUACGGUGUCUCUCAAAGGACAAACAACUGUGUGUGUGAAGCUUAAAAACUGCAGUACCGGCUUUGUUUGAUAGGAGCUAGAGCUCCGCAUGGGAUGAGUAGCGGCGUAAUCGGACCAUA